CGGACCAUUUUCAGCCGAAAAACAAAACAUUCGUGGGUGGUGCGGAGUUAUUCAACCUGGAGUGACGUUACUCAGCUCUACUGGAGUGGUUUCGUGUCCUGUGCCGCAUAGCUCGACAGUUUUACCCGGGGUUUGGCACGAUGCUGAACGCCGCCGCCGCGGAGAGGAACAAGGAGCCCAUCCUGGCCGUGCUCCGGGAGUGCGUGAACACCGGGAGACCCCUGCAGGCUCUGGAGAUCUCCUCCGGUACCGGGCAGCAUGUCAUACACUUCGCUCAAGCCCUGCGGAAUAUCUCCUGGCAGCCCUCAGAGUAUGACCGUCAGUCUCUAGCCAGUAUCGAAGCGUACAGAGCCCACUACCAGCCGCACAAUGUGAGGCCUGCCAUCCACCUGGAUGCUUCUCUACCGUAUCAGUACUGGGGAGGCAUCCAGCCAGAGAGCCUCGAUCUGGUAGUCAACAUCAACAUGAUCCACAUUUCUCCAAUGGCUUGCACAGAGGGUUUAUUCAAAGGAGCCGGAGCAGUGCUGAAGCCGCAGGGUCUUCUAUUGACAUACGGGCCCUACGCAGUGAAUGGUCAGAUCACCCCUCAAAGUAAUAUUGACUUUGACUACAGCCUACGACAGAGGAACUCGGAGUGGGGACUCAGGGAUAUCUCCCUCCUCAAUUCUAUAGCACAAAGAAAUGGCUUAUUCCUGGAGAAAAUAGUGGACAUGCCUGCAAACAACAAGUGUCUUCUGUUCAGGAAGGAGAGUCUGGUGUGAAUUAUCCUGUCGUUUCCCUCUCUGGGUGCACACCAGUACCAGAGUGGGAUGCUCAAAACGCCUUAACCUACACUUGAAGCUCAGAUACAUUGCCAAAUUUUCCCAGAACUGUUGAUGAAUCUCUCCCCAAAUUCUAAUACACAUUAAAUCAUAACUGAAAUACUGUAAUCUGUGAUCCACUAUCUGUAUUGCACACUUGAGUAAAAAGGCUCACAGCUA